AAAGACGUCACAGAAAUGAUCAUUUUGGUAACAAGAAAAUACGAUAUUUUAUUAGAAGAAAACGCAGUUCUUGAUGCAUUCCUCAAUAACAAUGCACUACUUGACUAAAAAUUACAAUCAAAGUACUUUGCUUUGUGUUUAACAUUAAUAAUACCUUAGAUUGAUCUCAAAUUUCCUGCUUUCUCUUGUGAACUGUACGGAAUUAGGGGAUUACACACCCCCUCGAUAUAAAUGGAGUGUUGAAUAGGUUUUACCAAUAACAUAAAACAACAAGCAAAUUCCAAUGUUUGGAAAAAGAGAAACACUACCAAACAGAACAAGAUGUAUUGAAUGAUUGGUUAGUCUGCAUCAUCAUCAUCCACUAUGGGCUGUGCUCAUUCCCGAUCUGAGAAUCUGACGAUGCCAGAACGAGUUCUCCAAUCGGUUGAAUCAUCUGACGGAUACUUCCGACAGACUCUGCAGACACCAAUGGACUACAUUCUAAAGAGUGAGGGCGUGGAGAUGUCGAACGAGAUGUCAUAUCAUGGACCACCAUCUCACUUACAGAAUUCCAUUGACAUGCAUCCCUUCUGGCAUUUCUAUGGCCGUGAUUAUAUUCCUUCGGUGCGCUACAUAGACAAGAGCCAUGAGCAACCCCCUAGUCUGUUGCCAACAGCAGCAAACGCGCAGGAACUCCGUGCCAUUGAGUUGCAUGAAACAAUGCAUAGUCUGCGUAAACAAGUAGUUGGGGUGAUCGAACGGAAGAAAAAUGAACAAAAGGCAGCGGCUACAAUCGUGGAAGAAUCUGACGGAAAUUUCAGUUUAUCUAAAGAAGAACAAAGUACUUUAGAUUUCUUAGAAGCGGCUUUAAAUGAUUUAGACGACACUCCAAACGAUUCUAAAGACUCGUCGCAUAGUUCAUUAGACUUGCAACUUAUGAACGCUAGUAGUAAUGGGCAUCAACAGAAAAACGCAUUAGAAGUUGAUGAUGAAUUAAUUGUGGAUCCAAGUACAAGGAUAGGAAGACGAGUUCACCAAAAUGCAAUGUAUUUGCCAUCUCUUCCACCGAACACAAGACAAAAUCUAAAAGAAAGGAUACUCCUACAAAGCGAAUCAUCCGAAAUGGAAGAAAACAAGAUGGACGCUAGCAAUAUGAAAAACUCUGGUGAAAAUAUGAUCCAAAGAAAGGGCUCACAAUACACCAAAAACCAAAGUAAUGCAAAUGUUGUACCUUUCAGUAAAUCAUAUGUGGAGGAAAAGUCUGAAAAGGAAAAACUAGAACGGCGAUCCAGUAGUGUGCGCGAUUUAGUAAGACUCUUCAGUGUAAAUAGCGAAAAAGAGAAUGUAGAUAACUCAAAUAAUUUUGUGAAUGAAAAAGAAGAGUUACAUAUACAGGGAGGAUAUAAAGAAUCAAUGAUUAAUUAUGAGAAUGGUAACAACGCUCAAAAUAUCGCCACAGCCAGGAGUAGCAGGCGGAAAUCCAUUGACGAUAUGUCUGAUGAUUCUGCUAUUGUGACUGAAACACACGAUCUCGUCGAUGAGAACUUCUUGACCAUGCAUCAAACAGCGGUUGGAGGACAUAAAAAACUAUCUGUAACCGAUUCAACACUAACACAGAAGAGCAUCGACAGUGGCAUCUCAUAGUCUAGUUUCUUGUGACAACCUUAUGUGAAUUACCCAUAUGUAGCCAUGAUGAUGACAUUCAUAUUAUAUCCAUAUAUGGCCAUGAUCAUAUCUUAUCCAAUCCAUAUGGGCAUGAGGAUAUUUGUACCAGAUUAUAUAUACAAAGGCAAAUAUAUAUUUGUAUCAUGUUUGUAUUUUAUAUAAAGGCCAAAAGGGUCAAGCCUGACAAAAUCUAUUGUAAUGUGGUAUUUUUAUCAAGGAGGAGCUCAGUAAGCUUAAUUUAAUAUUAUUUGAUACGUUGAUCAUGAGUUUUAGCCUUGUAGUUACCAUUUAUGAACCAAAAAGCAUGGGGUAAUACUGGCAGGGGAGCAUGGUUAAGACUUGUAGAAUACAAGGUCUCGUAAUCUCGAAAGCUCCGAUGAGGGCAGUAGAGUAUAUUGGCCCUAACAGCCGCAUAAAAAAGAUCUAUAAUCAAUCAGCAAAAAAGAUAAUCAAUCAGCAAAAAAGAUCAAUCAAUCAGCCGGUAAUCCUAGAGCUCCUCAUCGGAGAAAAAAUUUUUCUAUCAAUCGAUCAGCCGAGUAUUUCUAGAGUUUCUCAUCAGGGCUAAUAAUAAUAAUAAAAAUAAUUAAAGGCCCAUAUAAAAAAGAUCUAUUAAUCGAUCAGCCGAGUAUUAUACAUAAAUAUUUGUAUAGAUUACUAUGAUUUCCUACUGAUCAACCAUGAAUGUCUCAUUGGCAACUCAAUUUUUUGGGAACCUAUACAUGUACUCUUUUUAAUCUAUGGAUAUUUUUUCAAUGAAUUUUGUAACUUAUGCAAAUAUUAAUAUAAUCAAAUUAUAUUUUUAGGUAAGAUAUUUUGCUACAGAGAAAUAGUUUAAUUGGUGUCUAAUGAAACAAUAUUUGUAAUGAUUUAAUCGUGGAGGAAUAAGUUUAUUCCUUAAUGCUUUAAUGAUGAAUGAGUUUGUGUGUCACAAACAUGUAAAAUUUAUUAAACUGAACUUUGUCAUACCUGGAACCAAAUGUAUGAGGCCCAUAGAGUAAAAAUAUAAAUAUACAAAAAUAUUAACUUCCUAUGCUUGUAAUAUAGGAGUGCAUUUAAAUGACCAUUACAUGUGUACAACCAUAUUCUAGAAAUAAAAAAGACCAAUACAGCUGUCGACACAGUUCUAGCCCUGGCACAAUGGAGCUCUUGCACGAACCGUGGCCGUACUUAAAGGUGAA